GAGAGAGAGAGAGAGAGAGAGAGAGAGAGAGAGAGAACCCGCCUUUUUUUCCUUUUUGCGACGCCAACCUCCUCUCAAAUUCGUAGGGUAUUAAAUCUAGGGUUUCGAUCGAAACCGGAUCUCGGGCCAUCACCAUGGACUCGACCCCCGGGACUCCCCGAUGGAACCUCGAGCGUCCCUUCCUCACGGGCCGAUUCCAUCAGGAAAUCAAAGCCCCACCUCACACCACAGUAUCGAAACCCUUCUCCAUGGAUUCCUUCAGUCGAGGCACUGAUAAUGUCAUUGGAUCCUAUCCUGUUUCGGUCCAGGAGCUCUUGGUCAUUGAUGACUUGCUAUCUGCUCUGGUGGGCAUUGAGGGGCGAUACAUUUCAAUAAAAAGAGUGCGAGGGAAGGAAGGCCAUGUGAUAUUUCAGAUCGAUCCAUCUAUGGACCUGGCACUGCAGGAAUUGACACAGCGGAUCUUCCCUUUAUGCGAGGACUUUGUGUUGAUCAGUCAGUUUGUUGAGUCCAAGUCCCCAUUCAAGAAUGGCCUGGUUAACCAUGCAUUUGCUGCUGCACUGAGAGCCCUCCUUCUGGAUUACCAAGCAAUGGUUGCACAACUUGAACAUCAAUUCCGCCUUGGAAGACUUUCUGUUCAAGGAUUGUGGUUUUAUUGUCAGCCAAUGAUGGGAUCACUGCAUGCUUUGUCCAUUGUGGUCGAGAAGGCUUCUUCUAACAACUAUUCAGGCUCUGCAAUGCUUAACCUCUUGCAAAGCCAGGCCAAGGCUAUGGCAGGUGACAAAGCAGUUUGGUCAUUGCUUGAGAAGAUGACACAGUGUGCAAGUUCUGCAUACCUGGGCAUAUUAGAGAGGUGGGUAUAUGAGGGAAUAAUUGAUGAUCCUUAUGGUGAAUUUUUCAUUGUUGAAAACAAAUCACUUCUGAAGGAGAGCCUCACCCGAGACUAUGACACCAAGUAUUGGCAACAGCGAUAUAGCCUCAAAGAUGGCAUUCCUAGUUUCCUUACCAGUGUUGCAGGGACAAUUUUGAUAACUGGGAAAUAUUUAAAUGUAAUGAGAGAAUGUGGGCAUCAUGUUCAGGUCCCCUUAUCAGAAAACUCAAAAUUAACAAGCUUUGGAACAAAUCAUCAUUAUCUGGAAUGUAUCAAAGCUGCUUAUGACUUUGCAAGUAGUGAGCUCUUGAAUCUCAUCAAAGAUAAGUUUGAUCUCAUUGGAAAAUUGCGGUCGCUGAAGCGCUACUUACUUCUGGACCAGGGUGAUUUUUUGGUUCAUUUUAUGGACAUUGCUCGAGAUGAGCUUGCUAAAAGACUAGAGGACAUUUCUGUUGAGAAGCUGCAGUCUCUGCUUGACCUUGCUUUGCGCAGCACUGCUGCUGCUUCAGAUCCAUGUCAUGAGGACUUGACAUGUUGUGUGGAAAGAGCCUCAUUGCUCAAGAGACUGACUACACUUAAAGAUUUGGAAUGUGUUUAUCCUCCACAUUUAAACAAACCUGUUCCUGAUAGUGAUGACCAGCCUGAGCCAUUGAGCAUCAUGGGCUUGGAAACAUUCUGCCUAAAUUACAAGGUUCAAUGGCCAUUAUCACUUGUUAUUUCAAGAAAAGCUUUAACAAAGUAUCAGUUGAUUUUUCGGUUCCUUUUCCAUUGCAGACAUGUCAACCGCCAACUUUGUGUGGCAUGGCAAGUGCAUCAAGGAUUUCGUGCUUUCAACACAUUGGGAACUCCCAUCUUGCGAUCUUCUAUUCUUUGUCGCAGUAUGCUGAAAUUUAUAAAUAGCCUUUUACAUUAUCUAACAUUCGAGGUUCUUGAACCAAAUUGGCAUCUGAUGCAUGAUAGACUUAGAAUUGCAAAGAGCAUAGAUGAGGUUAUCCAGUUUCAUGACUUCUUCCUCCAGAAAUGUCUGAAAGAAUGCUUGCUUCUUUUGCCUCAGCUUCUUAAGAAGGUCGAGAAGCUGAAAUCAAUAUGCCUUCAAUAUGCAGCUGCCAUUCAGUUGUUGAUACCAUCAAUCUAUAUACCUGAGCCGGAUGCUGCAGUUGGUUCAUUUAAAAAGGAUCGAUCUAAACCAAGGAGAUCACAGAGUAGAAGUCAGCAACUGAAGCUCGCAGCAGAAAACUCCAAAAUCUGCGAUUCCAUCUUGAAAUUUGAAAGGGAAUUCAAUGCUGAGCUUCAAAGUCUUGUGCCCAUCUUGAGCAACAGUUCACAAGCAGAGCCAUAUCUGACACAUCUUGCCCAAUGCAUUCUUGGGGUGGGGAGCGAACAGUGAGUUACUUGACGAUUGCUGCACCACUUUGCUACUGGAAAGGUCACUCUCUCUUCCUCACGUGUACCUGUGAGUAGUGACUUUUUGUUGCAAAGGUAAAUGCAAAUAUCCUAAGUACAUUGUUAAGCCAACUGCGCUAAAUGUAUUCUUUAGGCUUGUUAUAUGCCUCUGUGGUAACAGUUCUUUAUUGCGAGGAUAGAAAAGCCAAAGUUUGUAUCCUUUACUGGUAGUAAUAUACAUGGGUUUAUUAAAUGGUUUUGUUGAACUUA